AAUCCAGCAUUCGGUUUUGGAACACGUUGCUGUAAACAACAAAAAACAAAAUUCAUCGUAAAAUUUGAUUUUUCGAAAAGAUUUUCCAAAAUUUGUGUUUGGUUAUGUUGCCUCAGCUGCUCCGGUGCCGUAAUUUGGUACGAUCUGUGCCCUGGCAACGCUGUGCCUCCGAAUCGAGCAGCACCAAGGACGAUGUUAUUGUAGACUUCGAAGAUCCCGAUUUGCCAUUGCCCGAGUAUCCAAAGCGUCCGGAUGAGCCAUUGGCUAAACGCAAGCAACGUCUGCUGUAUCAAUCACGCAAGCGGGGCAUGCUUGAGAAUGAUCUGCUAUUGAGCACCUUUGCGCACAAAUACCUCAAGAAUUUCGAUGCCAAACAGACGGCGAUCUACGAUGAACUUAUCAAUGGCGUUAGCAACGAUUGGGAUAUUUAUUACUGGGCGACGGGCGUUAAGCCAACUCCUGAGCAAUAUGAAACGGAGAUCAUGAAGCUACUGAAGCAACACGUCAAAAAUGCGGAGAAGAUCACACGGCUACGGCAGCCAGAACUGACCUAUUACCGGCAGAACUAAUAUUUUGUUGGGAAAACGUAAACAAGGCGACAAAACUUGCUGUCUGCCUUGGGUAUGGUUUUCCCUGUGGCUUCCCCCACCUUCCGGUUUCGCGCUUUCGACAAAGUAUUUCGUUUUACGUUUGACGAAUUGAACAAGAACAAAGCUUGCUGCAGAAUAUGUGGAUACAGACGAUAUACACUCGAUCAUCCUUACACACACAUUCACACACAACACUACACAGAUACAAUACAUCAUUUAAUGUACACACACACACACAGACAUAUUUUUACUCGAUUUAUUGCAGGGCUGGUUGUGCUUAGUUAAUUAGUUAGCUAGUACUAGGUAUAGGUAUUGUUUAUUGAACCUCUUUGUUAUGAUUAAAUUGGGAAUUUAAAAUCA